GAGGGGAGAGGAAAAGGGUGGCAAACGAACCCAGACGCGUGCUCCUCCGCCCAUCUAUAAAUUCCCCUCCUCCCCUCUUCUUUAUAUAGGAGGCAUUAAAACCAAGAGGAGGGGAGAACACCAAGGACUACCAGCGCCUUUCCGCGAUCCAAAUCUUUCCGACAGAGUUCUUGGUUGAUCUCUUCCUCCUCGACCACCUCCCAGGUUUUUGGUGUAGCUUUUGCCCCUCUCACAAAGAGUUUUCAUGUCUGAUCUUGACGUUCAGAUCCCAACUGCCUUUGAUCCCUUUGCUGAGGCGAAUGCUGGGGACGCUGGUGCAGCGGCAGGAACAAAAGACUACGUUCAUGUACGCAUCCAGCAGCGUAAUGGCCGCAAGAGUCUGACCACUGUCCAGGGUCUGAAGAAGGAAUUCAGCUACAGUAAGAUCCUCAAAGAUCUGAAGAAAGAGUUCUGCUGCAAUGGUACUGUUGUCCAGGACUCAGAGCUUGGUCAGGUCAUUCAACUUCAGGGUGACCAGAGGAAGAACGUCUCAAAUUUCCUCGUCCAGGCCGGCAUUGUGAAAAAGGAGCACAUCAAGAUUCAUGGUUUCUGAGCAACUGCCAGCUCCAUAUCGAAGCUUGCAUGCGAAGCAGCUAUAUAUUUGCAGUGGAGUAUAUUUGGUCGUGUGCUAGCAAUAGCAGGCGUUACGCUUGCACGCUCUUAGUAUACACAACAAAACCUAGCCCAGCCAUCUCUCUGCGUGUAUGCUUAUCACCGUUGUGUCCAAACUUGUACGAAGCACCAUCGUCAGAUGGCUUGUUUCCUUCUCCCGUCAGGGUUCAAUAAAAGAUGCUUUCUGAAGAGUGA